AUGCUUCGUCGAGGGGCGCUUCGCGCGAUCGCGCGCGCGAGCGCGACGCGCGCGCCGACCGCGAGUGAGGCGUUGACGUUGCGGGCGUACGGCGCCGGGUUUUUAAAUAAGGAUGAUGUCACCGAUCGUGUGGUGCGCGUGGUGAAGAAUUUUGCAAAGGUGGACGCGGCCAAGGUGAGCGCCACGAGCGCGUUCGCGAGCGAUCUGGGACUCGAUUCGCUCGACGUCGUGGAGGUGGUGAUGGCGAUGGAGGAGGAGUUCGCGGUGGAGAUUCCCGACGCUGAGGCGGAUAAGAUUCAGAGCGUGCCCGAGGCGGUGGCGUACCUCGCCGCGAAUCCGAACGCAAAGUGA